GGCAGCGCCAGAAGCUGUGGGACUCGCUCGCUUCCACAUCAGCUACUAGACGGUGGAGCAGGUCAAAUUGGGCUGAGCUCCGGGACCGAGACGAGUGGCAACCAGACGGCAACCGACUUGGGGCUCGUCCACGUCGACCCCUCCGGAUCCGCCAAUGGCAGCGCGGGCAUGUCGACGAAUCCGACACGACCCCUGGUGGUACGUGAUGAAGAGAUUGUGAUCGUGGUGUUGGUGCUCAUCGUCUGGCUGGCCGUCAUCCUUCUCUUCUUCAACAAGUGGGGCAAGAUCCGCAUGUUGGAGCCCUACCAGCCUCAGUACCAGGCACACUUCUCCAGGGCAGCGUCCCUCGGUCCCACAGCACCGCAGAUCCUGGUCGACCGGUCCGCCAGCAUUCCCAGGCGGAUUCGACAAAACUCCGUCUUCGUCGCCAGUCACACGACACAGCCGCUUUCCAGGCGGACGAAGAGCGCCGAGGACAUCAACUCUCUCGUCGUUCACAUUGAACAGCAGUCGGGCUCCAGCAGGUCCACCGCGCUCUGAUAUCGCUUCCAAGAGUUUUAAAAGCGGCUCUUCUACAAUGGGGGCUAGAUUCGGUUCUCACUUUGCGUUUCCGCCUUCUUUGCAAGGAGGGGGAUUAUUGUUGCUAAAAUUAUGAUGAAGCCACGAUGAAGUCGAGGCGUUUCCCUUAUGCGGGCCUCACGGGAACAUAGGGGGUAUAUGACGCAAGGGAAGCCAUACCUUCUCCGACACAAGGUCGAUUUAUUUAUUUAUUUAUUUAUUUAUUUUUUUAAUCCUCGACUCGUAGUUACAACGAGGUUCGUCUCACAGGCAUCAACCUGCGCAUUUGGGUCUCUCUCUCUCUCUCUUUUUUUUUUCUAUAAUCAAAUUCAAACUCAACUCGGAUAUCUCGUUUCGUUUCGUUCCAUUUGCUCGAA